AGACCUGCAAUAAAGGACCUCCUUGAAAAUCUGGGAAGUAAAACCCCACUUCUAGUGACCUUCUGAAUGUUUUUCCUGAGACUGUCAAUUCAACAUUAAUGGGAGAGAAAGUCCUGCAUUUCAGGAUAGCUAACAGCCAGGAGAAAUAGAGUGGAAAAUGCAAAACAACGAAAUCAUAAAACCUGCCAAAUACUUCUCGGAAUUGGAAAAGAGCAUCCUGCUUGCUUUGGUAGAAAAGUACAAAUAUGUACUGGAAUGCAAGAAAAGCGACGCGCGAACCAUUGCGCUCAAGCAGCGCACCUGGCAGGCGCUGGCCCACGAAUACAACUCCCAGCCCAGCGUGUCCCUGCGGGAUUUCAAGCAGCUGAAGAAGUGCUGGGAGAACAUCAAGGCUCGGACCAAAAAGAUUAUGGCCCAUGAGAGGAGAGAGAAGGUGAAACGGAGCGUCAGCCCUCUUCUGAGCACCCACGUUCUGGGGAAGGAGAAGAUCGCCACCAUGCUGCCCGAGCAGCUGUACUUCCUGCAGAGCCCCCCGGAAGAGGAGCCCGAGUACCACCCCGACGGCCCGGCCCAAGAAUCAUUUGCUGUUUCAAAUAGAGAACUGUGCGAUGAUGAGAAAGAGUUCAUACAUUUUCCAGUGUGUGAGGGGACCUCUCAACCUGAACCCUCGUGUUCAGCUGUCAGAAUCACAGCCAAUAAACACUACAGGAGCAAAACCUCUCAGGAAGGUGCUUUAAAAAAGAUGCAUGAGGAAGAACACCAUCAACAAAUGUCCAUCUUACAGCUGCAGCUGAUACAAAUGAAUGAGGUGCAUGUGGCCAAAAUCCAGCAGAUAGAGCGGGAGUGUGAGAUGGCAGAGGAGGAGCACAGGAUAAAAAUGGAAGUUCUCAAUAAAAAGAAGAUGUAUUGGGAAAGAAAACUACAAACAUUCACCAAGGAGUGGCCUGUCUCAUUUAACCGGCCCUUUCCCAAUUCACCCUAAGACUGCGGGGGCGGCUCCCCUGUAACCGAUCCGGGACUUGAACUCGCGGUCAGGAACUUGUAACAGAGCUACAACUAGGAAACGUAGAGCGGUAGUAGUCACGUAUUUAAGAAUACAUUCAGGUAAACGGCCGCAGCCCGUGUCCCCCUUCAGUGGCAAAGAAGCUGUUCCAGUCUCCUGAAAAUGAUCACGACGAGUGCUAGAAUUCAGAAUGUCUCUUCAUUAGAAUUCAUAUGAGAACCA